AAAUAGAACUACGAAAUGACGUCAUCGUUUCAAACGGCACACAACAUGGCCGCUAACGGUAGGAGAAGUGAGUUUGAUUUUAAUCGCAAGACAAACCCGUUUGACGACGGUUCCGACGAUGAGUUUGAAAAGGUCGAUGGAGAUGAAUUACGAAGUCAGAUGCAGAUGGCAAGAGAAAGGACAAUGGAGAGUACUAAACGUUCUUUAGCCCUGAUUGAAGACACACACGACAUAGCUGUAAAAACAGGAGAAGAACUCCAAUGUCAAGGGGAACAACUGAAUCGAGUAGAACGCAACUUAGACAAGAUACAGGGCGACAUGAAAAUUGCAAACAGACACAUUAAAUCGGUGAACAGCAUUUGGGGAGCCAUAGGGAAUUAUUUCAAGAAAGCACCUCAACCGAAAGAAAACACUCAACUGCCUUCGAGUAAUACCAGAAGUGGCUUGUCAGGCUUAGAAGAGGACUCUUCUCUGUAUUAUCCCAGUAGAGACCACGGAAGGGAUAGCAAAGAGUACGGAGCAUGGACAGGAGAAGGUGGUCAAUUUCAAAGAAGUAGCUUCUCAUCGCGUGACCCGUACGAAAGGGAAAUCAACGCAAAUCUGGACCUUAUGUCACGAGGCAUAGGCCGCUUGAAAGAAGAUGCAUUGAUACUUGGUGGCGAGAUCGAACGGCAAAAUGAACAGCUGGACGGAAUUUUAAUAAAAACAGAUUUAGCUCACAAAACGGUUGAGGAAUCAGAUAAAAAAGUUAGACGGAUCUUAAGGAAGUAACUGACUUAAAUCAAAUAUUCCAUUUAAUCAAUUUGCUGAAGACCAUUCCUAGCAUUGAUCUGUGAUCGGUCAUCGAAAAUUCAGUGAAGGGGGAAGGUUUAGAUGAUUAAUUAUACUGAACAGGAUUCAAAAUAUAAUCACAAAAUGAGCCUGAGUUGAAAAAACUUUUAUUAAACUCUAAACAAGUUCCAAUUAUUUUUGAGAUCGCUACAAGUUUCUGUGAACCUCACAAACUCAAUAAUUAAAUUUUUUGGUUUCCAUAGCUGAGGUCCGUUGUCUGAAGAUAAAUAAUUUUCCUUUGUAGUUAAUAUAUUUGUUGAAGGUUUGAGUAGUGUAACAUUAAAUGCAAACAAUUGCAUUCAAGUUUCCCAGCCAGUCAUGGGUAACACAAAUACAGCUUGUUUCUAGUUCCGUUUUGUACUGGAUAAAACACAGAUGAAGUAUUUUUUAUAUUCACUCUUUUGUUUUGCAUUUGGGGAUAGGGAGUAUAACCUGUCUAGGAGUUGAAUGAAAUAUUUUCAAACUGUACUUGAAACUUGGACAAGUAACCUGGGAUGAACUAGAAGGAAGCACCAAUAAUUCCAGGUCACUUAGUGACAAGCAUUCAAUUUCCUGUGAAGUAUCACCUCUGAAUCAAACAGUAAGAUCACGAGAAUAAAGAAAAUAAUCAGAAACUAAA